UAUCAGCCUGAAGAUCAAUUUACCACCGUGAUGUGUCUCAUUUUCUACUUUGAAAUCAAUUUGCAUCCUUGAUAUUGCAAUUUCUGCCUUAACCCUAAUACAUUUUCGUUAUUUUCGCAAAGAGAAAAUUAGAAACUCCAUUCUUUAAAUAAUUGUACAAGAUGAAGAAGAAACUAAAAAUGUUAUGGUUUUUUUCACGACACUCUGACAACUUUCCAUUACCAAUAAUAAAAGUCUCACGAGAUUUAUCAUGAAAUACGUAUUGCAAAUGCGGUGUAACGCGUCAGUCGAAUGAAAACAUUUAGAAAUAAACUUCUGUUACAUGUAUCUUCAAUAAUUAUCUUUCGUUCUCGACGAAUUUUCUCGUAGGUGUCAGUGUGUAACAUCCUAACAGUUCUUGCUUGUUGGCACUGAUUUGCAUAGAAUGAGAAAGAAAAAAAAUUGUGAGAAAACCGAGACUUCAGUGCUGAUUUAGCGAGGUCUUUGGUUCUGAUCAUGAGUGGCAGUUGGGCUGUGUUGUCCACAUGAACAAAAGACCCAGUUUUAGACGAAAAAACACUGUUAAAGAACUUUUACACGGUAAAUACUUCGCAGCAUUACAUUCCAUCCUUUUCGCGGCUGUGAAAUGCAGAGAGAAAAGAGAGCUUUUUUUAAGGAUGUCAAGCACAUUUUUUUGGAACAUACUUACUGAUUUCACCCUUUCAAAAUUGAAAAAAGUUAACGCAAACCAAAACAAAACAGUCACAAAACAAAACAAAACAUGACCAAACAAAACAAAACCUAGAGGAAGAAGAAAAAAAAGGAAAAGAAAAGAAAAUACUGCGUGAAAUUUACAUGAUAUGAGGUUGAGGUAGGAAAAUUCAAUUUGUGUGAUGCCUUUGUCCUUUCAAAUUGAUAUACAGUUAGAAAUGUGGCCGUAGAAAAUAAGAUACGAUAUCAAGACACUGAAAUGGAACUUAAACCCAUUUCUUUAGCAGUGGCGAAGUGCUAAUUAAGUUAGAGUAUAUAACCUGUAACUUCACGGUGAUAAAUGAUAUCAGGGCAGAGUCUAACAUCACGGAAGCUGUAGCAUUGAUAUCAAGCAAGAGAAUUUAUAAUCUCUCGCAUCAAGUUAGCAAGCAAAUGAAAUAAUAAGCUAAAGACCAUAUCAAGAUAGAUAAUGGAAAAUAAACCAUCAGGAUUUAGCAGUAACUCUUGCAAUUAAGUUCCAUGUCACCAACUGAGUAAUUUUGAAACAAACGGCGAGCCAGACAUUACCAUCUCUUUGAUAUUCAAACUCGCUUGCUUGGGUUUAAAAUUGAUCAUAUGGGGGUAUUUAUGUUGCCAAAAUGUAACAUCUAAUUCAUCUCUUGUUGAAAGUUAUAUAUAUCAGUGCCCCGUACAUUCAAAUGUUUUAAUUUCUACUUCGAUCCGUUUAGCAAUUAAGCCAUUCUCUGAUAAAACAACGUCAAGGGAUUAUUUUAUACAGGUGCAGUUGGCUUUGUUAAAUUGUUGAGCAAUAAUCAAGAUCUCACCAAGACAGAUGCUCUAAGGACUUCCUUUGAACAUUAUCAGUUUACAAAUUACGCAAAGGUCAUUGAUCAUGAUCUGGUCCAAUAGCAAAAACUUCCUGUAACUAUUAAGAAUUAUAACUUAUGAAGAUGGACCUAGUUACAUUAUUCAUGUCGAGUGAAGUGUGAGGUAACAACGCAAUAUAUCAGGAAAAAAGAUAUGGAGCUGGUUCGCCUUAGACUCCCUUAUUGUUUGCCUUUACUGCUCUUCCUCUUUUGCUGUCUUCAUACCUCGCAAGGUAACAAAAACGUGCGGACCUUUUCUAACAAAGGUCUCAGUCGAGAAUCCCCAGACAACGUGUGGCUGAUGAAAAUGGUAGAAGAAACGUUUUCCUAUUUAAACAUCAGCAAUAUCAAUUCAGUUGAGGUUCAAAAGGACGGCGAGUGUGGGUUUGCCUGCCUUACCGACCCUUUGUGUUUUUCAUACAACCUGGAGGCAAGUGUCUCCAAAACAGGAACCCGUGUAUGUGAGCUGCUACCAUCAGACAAGUACAACAACUCGGACAAAGUUUUCAUCAGCCAGAGAUUCCAUCAUUACAGGAUCCAGACCCCUUGUAGCAAAGGACCCUGUCAAAACAAUGGGACUUGCGUAGCACAGUACAAGAAAAAUAGCUAUGUGUGCGUUUGCAAAAAUGGAUUUGAGGGGAAAGACUGCGAAACAGCAGGUGUUAAGUGGAGAUCAAGCAUACUAAGAGACAACGUGUUUUAUCAAAGCCACCUGAAUCAGUUUCUAACGCCCGCAGUCGGAAGUCAUCCUCAGUGGCUGCUGUGUUACCGCGCCUCCUUUCAUGACUGGCACGUCCACACCUUCCACAAUAAUUGUGAUGGUAAACGUAACACAGUCACCAUCGUGGAAGCAGGACAGUACGUGUUUGGAGGAUACACCGACAUUCCAUGGGAGUCCAGUGGUGGGUGGACCAGCACUCCAAAUGCUUUCUUAUUUUCUCUCCACAAUACAGAAGGACUGGCUCCAUUUAAAAGCGUGGUAAAAAUGCCAAAUAAGGCAAUGUACAGGUGUUCGAGUUGCGGUCCAAUGUUUGGUCCUGGUCCUGAUAUUUAUAUCGCGGACAAUGCCGCUAUUAAUAGUAAUUCCGAAGCCAAUUUUGGUUAUAAUAAUGGUUAUUCCGUUCCAAGUGGUGUGCAAAACAAGGAAACCUUGUUGGCUGGUAGUCAUCUCUUCACACCUGAUGAGUGGGAAGUGUUUUAUCUGGGAUGAGUGGUCUUGGAAGACUGAAGAAAAAACUAAACCAUUUACUCGCUCAACAGACUCUUUGUAUUUUGACAAGUAGAAUGCAAACAGUACUUGAUUGUUAUCAAGUAUAUUUACGUUCUAUUUUCAUUACUCCUUUGUAUGUCAGUUAUGUACUAAACUGUAAGUAUAGAGAACUUAAUAGAUAUGGCUAAUAAUCUGUGCCAUCAUCGAGCUAAACUUGUGAAUCCUUUCUGUUAAUGAAAAAUGCCGCUUGAGCUAAGUGUACGAUCUAUUAAAAAUCCUCAAUU